AUGGCGCAAGAAUCGCAAAUUGCACCCCGCUACCUGAGCGGCGACAAGCCCGCGAUCCGCAAAUUCUUGGAUAAGUUUGAUGUAUUCCUAUUUGACUGCGAUGGAGUACUCUGGUCCGGUGAUCACCUCUUCCCUGGGACCGUUGAGACAUUGGAAUUAUUGCGCAAAAAUGGAAAGCAAGUGGUUUUCGUGACAAAUAACAGCACCAAGUCGCGCGCCGACUACCGCAAGAAGCUUGAAGGAUUGGGUAUUCCCAGUACAGUGGAAGAGAUCUUCUCCUCGUCGUACAGCGCGUCCAUCUAUAUUUCCCGCAUUUUACAGCUUCCCGAGAACAAGCGCAAGGUCUAUGUGAUUGGCGAGACCGGAAUUGAGCAAGAGCUCGGCUCCGAGAACGUAAAGUUCAUUGGUGGUACAGACCCUGCGUACCGCCGCGAUAUCACCCCAGAGGACUACAAGAGAAUCGCUGCGGGUGAUGAGUCCCUAUUGGACCCCGAAGUUGGAGUGGUGCUCGUCGGCCUUGACUUCCACUUCAACUACCUUAAGAUGGCGCUUGCGUACCAUUACGUGAAGCGCGGUGCGGUGUUCCUCGCCACGAACAUCGACUCCACUCUGCCAAACUCGGGAACUCUCUUCCCCGGUGCCGGCUCAAUGAGCGCGCCUCUGAUCAUGAUGCUUGGCCAGGAGCCUGUUGCUCUUGGAAAGCCCAGUCAAGCUAUGAUGGACUCCGUUGAGGGCAAGUUCAAGUUCGAUCGUAGCCGCACGUGCAUGGUCGGUGACCGUGUCAACACGGAUAUUCGAUUUGGUCUUGAGGGCAAACUUGGUGGCACUCUAGGUGUGCUGACUGGUGUCUCGUCGAAAGAGGAGUUCGUGUCUGGAGAGAUCAGGCCUCACGCUUAUCUGGAUAAGCUUUCCGACCUGCUCGACUCCGAGUAA